UAUCUAUAAAUCCAAUGGAUCAUCUAUUGUUUAAAUCCAAUUAUUGAUAGCCCAAUAAAAAUUUCUGGUAAGUUCAAAAUUUAAAUGAUAAGAUUAAAUGUAACAUGACUUUCUAGAAAUGGGUCCAUUAGAUUCAUUUUUUUUUAAAUCACAAAUGAAUCAAGGUCGUGACUUUUGUUUUAAUAUAUAAAAUAUAAAAGAGAACGAUUUCUAUUCAUUAGAUAUCUUAUUGAGAUAUAUAAGAAAGCUAGCUUGUGACAUUUUUAAAAGUUGUAGCAACUCUAUAUAUUUUUGCAUCACCAUAGACACAGUGUGUUAUAUGUUUGUGAAAUCAAUAUAUGGCAAACAGUUUUUUUUUGUAAUUAAUAUUAAUAUUUUUUCCAAAAUUGUGAAAAAAAUGCAAUUUAAACAAGUAUAUGUUGCUGCAUCACCAUUAUCAUGUGAACUGAUAGGUAGUGUGCACCAGCGUUUUUUAAAUGUGUAAUAGCCAGAACUAAUACAUUAUAAGUUUCUCUUAAUGCAUGUCUAGUUUUGUCUAAAUAUUUUCUUGUUAAAAUUUUGCAAAUUCUAUAUUUUAGUAAAUUCACUUGACGAAAAGCUACUUAUCCAAAUGGCCCUACUUCAAAUGGAUUAUUGAUCAGUUGUAAAAAGAUUAAUAUAGUCAUAUAGACAUUCUGUAUUUAGUUAGGCUCUAUAUAACCAUGACUGAUCAUCGCUCGAAGCACUUCGUUAAAAAGAUCAUCGCUUCCUUUUCUUUCUUAGUCUUAUUUGCUUUCCUUUUAAACUCUAUGUCAUGUAACUCAGGGGUUCUCCUUCACUUUUGUCCUUUUGGACUCCAUCACAAUGAAUUAUUCAGUGUUAAAAAAAAAAUUCUAGGGUAAUGCAGGUUAGUUCCAUUAUAUCGAUCAAAAUGUCAUGAUUAACUUUCAUAGGGAUUUUUUCACAAAACAAAAAAAAUUCGCAGGGUUUCACAGAAUUAGUUAUUAACUAAAUUUUUUUUUUCUUUUUGUCAUCAACAUGUACAAAUUCAUAAUGACUUUGUAAACCAAACCGAGUGAUCUGCAUCAGUGACGGAGCCAGCUGAAUCAUUGAAAGAGGUCAAUUUCCCUAUAAACAUCUAUUACAUGGGUCAAUGAAUUAAGUUGGUGAUAAUUUUUUAUUUUUUUCUUCAAAAUACAAGUAAAAUUUUUUGCUCUUAAAAAACUAUGUGGGUCAAGUGACCCCUGUGCUAAAGCAUUGCUUCCACCACCGAUCUGUAUUCAUGUGAAUGACAAAAGACGGUUGCUUCCUAACACUGUGUGCUAAUCCAUCCGCCAUUGAGUUUUGCAUCAUUAGUAGAUAGAUAAUCUCUGAUUGGGUGAAACUCUCUUUCAAGACAUUGAUAUCUUCUAAAUAAUUUACAAAAUCUGGCCAUUCUUCUGAUUCUGAAACUAAAUUCACCAAUUGAGAGCAAUCUGUUGCAAACGUAACCUGAUAUUGACGUAAGUUCCUCAUACAUUCCAUUACCCAGAGUAGCGAUUCCAUCUCCGCAUGAAGGGAAGAUAGGCUAACCCUAACAUUCCUCGCUCCCAAUAAUCAAUCAAAUCUUUCUAAUGAGUUGAACCAACCCUGAAAAAGUAUCACCCUCUUUCCACGAGCCACUCUAAAACACCAUUUUCAUGGGAUUGAUGGUAGGGUCGUAUCCACUACUUGUGGUAUUGUCCUCUGAUCAUUUAAUAUUUGUGCCUCAAACCACAGUGUUGAUUUUGUUUCUGUCAGUUUAAGUGUAUCCAUAGGAUCCAUAUCAAAAUUACUGAAAACUUUAUUAUUUAUAGCUUUCCAAAUAUACCAUAGUAUCCAUGCAAACUGAUUAUCUUCCAUCUUCGGGAAAACUCUCCAGAAAAGAUGAUCCAUGUUUGUUGAAAGAGAACAUGUUUGAAAAAUAGUUGGAUUUGAUGGAAUCUUCGAGAGAGCCCAAACCUGAACUGGUGGAGGACAUUCAAAAAACACAUGGUUUAUCCAUUCCUCGUUGGCUCCACAUCUGACGCAACAAAUAUUCCCUUGCAUCCCCCUCGCUUGUAAAUUUUUCUUCACUGCUAUACACCCUGUCAGUAAUUGCGAUAGGAAAUGUAUUAACUUUGGUGGGCACCGUGUUUUCCAACAAAAAGUCUUCAGAAUAUCAACUAUGGGGCCAAUCAGUAAUGGUGGUAUGUCCCUGUCUGGAUAGAUCCGCUCUACUUGGUAUCCUGAUUUGACUGUAUAUUUUCCAUUUUUAGUGAAGUUCCAUCCAUCUCUAUCUACCCUCUGAGUCAUGCUCAGUGGUAUGCUUUCUAUAAGUUUCACAUCAUGUGAAUCCACCAAAACCCGAAUUGUAUGUGAAUUCCAGGUGUGUGAGUUAGAGUCAAUGAGAGACUCCCAUUUAAGGUCCGGAUAUAAAUUGUAUUGGUAAUUAUUAGCUGGUCUCGAGCGAGUGGUUGGAAGCCAUGGAUCAUUCCAUACAGAUAUAGAAGAACCUGAUCCCACCCGUUUGAUUAGUCCUUUGCUUACCAGAGAUCUAGCACAGACAAUACUCCGUCAGCCAUAUGACGAAAAAUAUGAACGAAUUGGUUUCAGAGGUGAGGCAUUCCUGUAAUACCUCCCUUUGAAAACUCGAGAGAAUAAAGUAUUUGGCCUCUCUAUCAAACACCGUAACUGUUUACCAAGCAUCGCUGUGUUGAAGACAGUGAUGUCUUUAAACCCCAAACCUCCUUCAUCCUUAUUUACACAUACUUUGGGCAUGAUUUUCAGUGCAUGCCUCUCGUACUUCCCCCUGGGCUACACCAGAAUUGUGAUACCGUGCUUGUCAAUUUUUUGACCGUUGCCUUAGGUAAACGAUAACAGGACAUCGUAUGAUUUGGCAAUGCCGUAAUCACUGAUUUAAUGAUCACUUUCUUUCCUCUUUUUGUGAAAAAAUUUAAAAGUUCAUCCAUUGACUCUAUUAUUUAAAUAAUCAUGUACAAAGCUAAAAACUUGAAUUUUUGACACACCCACCCCCCCCCCCCCCAUAUUUUCUAGUAAUCCAAGGUAUGAUCUCAUUCCUCCAAUAUUCUGAAUGCCCAAAAUAUCUCUUAAUUCUUGUCUGACAAAUUCGUCAACAUAAUGUCUAAAUUGAAUGGAAGACUUAUCAAAAUUUAUUAGAUGUCCUGAAACUUUCUCAUAUUCCUUUAAAAUCCUAAGAAUGGUUUGACACUCUUCGUUUUGAGCUUUACAAAAGACAAGACUAUCAUCCGUAAAAAGCAAAUGAGAUAUCGAUGGGCAAGCUCUAGCUACCUUCAUUCCCGUUAUUUGUUGCCUUCUCUCUGCCUUUUUUAUAUUUGCAAUUAAAGCCUCAGUGUAGAGAAUAAAUAAACAAGACGAUAAAGGAUCUAUUUGCGUAAACCCCUAUGUGGAACAAUGAGGCCACGUGGUUGACCAUUUAUGAGAACCCGAUAUUGAACCGAAGAAAUACAUUCCAUCAUCAAUUUAAUUCAAUGAAGAUCAAACCCCAUUUUCUACAAUAAAUAAGGCCUUAAUAAAGUCUCAUUCCACUCUAUCAUACGCUUUGCUCAUAUUCGUUUUAAUUGUCAUAUACUUUCCUUGACAUGCUUUAUUGGUCCACAAUCCAUAGAACAUUUCCUGGGCGAUAAGGAUAUUAUCAGAAAUCAAUCUUCAUGCCACGAAUGCCGAUUGAGUUUCGGAUAUGAGUAAAGGAAGAUACACUUUCAAUCGCUGACACAAAACCUUGGAAAUUAUUUUAUAUCCGACUUUACAGAGACUGAUUGGCCUCAACUCUGUCAUCCUUGUAGGUCUCUCCGUUUUUGGGAUCAUACAGAUAUUAGUAAUAUUCAAACGUGCAUUUAUUUCUCCCAAACCAAGAAAUUAUUCACCAUCCCUGCCAAAACAUUCUUAAUAAUAUGCCAGGUGUGUUGAAAAAAUAGAGAUGUCAUGCCGUCCGGUCCUGGCGCCUUUUUCUGGGUGCAUCAUAAACAGAGCCUCUUUAACCUCCUCCUUCGUCGCUAGCCUCACCAAAUGUUGAUUCAUCUGAGGAGUGAUAUCCAGGGUAACCUCUGUCAGGAAAUUAUCGAAUUCUGACGGAGAAGUGGUACUAAAUAGCUCUUUAAAAUAGUCUGCUGCCACCUUUUUCACACCAUUAUCCUCUGUAAUCCAAUUUCCAUUAGCAUCAUGUAGACCAACAAUUCUAUUACAAACCCGCCGCUGCUUAGUUAAAAUGUGAUAAAAUUUUGUGUUAAGAUCCCCAGAUAAUUACCACAUGUUUCUGCUUUUCUGUUGCCAAUAAUCUUCUUCAUUCUUAUAUGCAUCUUGUAAUUUCUUAGACACCUCGAGAAUAUCUUCCUGAAACCUGGUAUUACCUGUUUGUAUCUUUUUAAGUGCUUGUUGUAAUUCAUUUACUUUUUUUUUCCAUAUGAUAGAUGAAAAUUAUCCAUAAAUUAGGGUAAGACCACGUCAUAAACAUGUAUAAGCAAUUAAGCAUGAUGUAUGACAUUUUAAUUUUUAAUAGAUAAGUAUAUUUUUUUAAAUAAAGAAAUCGAGUUUUGAAGCUUAAUAUACAAAUCAUAAACAUGUAUUUGUCUCAAUUCGUUUUCUCUUUGCUUUCUUCAAAUUUGAUUCGAUCUGAACAACGUAGUUUUUAAUCGACGCCCAAGAUUAUAGUAAGCAAUAACUAGACAUUCGCCAGCCAUCUAAUAUUUGAUUAGAUUUCGUGUUUUCAAUGUUUUGUUUUAUGAUAUUUUAAGUAUCAAUCAAAAUAGUGUUAAACAAGAAGCUUGAGAAUGUGAGUAACUAACAUUAAUGUGUUAAUAAACCAUUUUUUAGUAAAACUGAUUUUAAUAGUCGUCAAAACUCAGACUAGAGAAAAAAGAAAACUCCAAAAAAGUUGGGAUAACAACAUCAACUGGAAAGUGUGAAGCUUGUGAGCCUAACCUUUGGCGGUGGCGUGAAGACCACCGUUGAAAAUGGUGGCUGGCGGCUUCUGAAUUAUGAAAAACAUCAACUUCAUCACGUAUACCAAACUCAUCCCACGUGUUACAUCGUACGUAAUACCGUAUCCCCGGAGAUUUAAUUAGCCUACCUAACUAAUUAACUAAAUAAGUCUAACAGCAUUAAAUUGAUUCACUACGUACUUAGGACUCAACUUGAUUCACUAAAGAUUAUUCUGAUUAUUGCAUACUGAUUAAACUAGUACUCUCGUUGAUGACUAAUCCCUUUCUUUUCAAGUCAAAAUGAUCGUCUUCGUUUCUUAUAGUUUUUAUUUGAUCUUUGACUUUAGCCUCCUUACAAAUUAAGUACAUUUCACAUUUUGGAUAACAAUUGUUUGGUAAUAUUCAUCUUUUUGCGGAUGAUAACUUCACUUUUUCCUCUUCAGGCUGCUGUCUAAAAUUUCCUCUUUGACUUUUGAGAAUCUAAUUCAUUUUUCUAUGUACAAUUGAAACCUCCAAGAAUAUUUUUUAUUAGGUUUUUACAUGACUCUUGGAACGUUUGAUCUGUAUUUCUCAAUUCACUUUUUCCGAAUGACAAUAUAAUGAAAUUUGAUGGAAAACAUAUUGUUGAAAAUUAUAACCAAGUUAUACUAAUUUGCUAUGCAUGCAUGUGGUAGAGUCUCACGUUAGACUUCUUCUAUUCAAAAGAAAGAAAAACAAACACAAAAGACAAAUAGUGAUUCCACCAAUUCAUACAUUAAUCAACAUUCUAAAAUAGGAAUUGUCUUUCUCUCUCUAUUAUAUUGGCUAUAUAUAUAUACAUAAUACUUCAUGCUUUUAAAGCAACCUUAAGUCUUUGAAUUAUAUAGAAUUCAUCUCUCUCUCUCUCUCUUUCUAUUUCUCUGAAUUUAUCCCCAAAGAUUUUCAUGGCCGUUCGUCUAGUAACCAUCGGGAUCUUCAUUGUCUUUGCCAUCAUCGUCGUGGCCUUGCCGUCACCGGUUUCUUCAAGAAAGCUGUUGGAGAUGAAAAAACAAGAGAACUUGACGGUAAGAGAAGAAGAGAAGAGUCAUGUACCUCACGUGACCAAUACCACUACGCUAGCAGCUUUGCCAAAGGGCAAAAUCCCAAACUCGACGCCGAGCAAAAAGGGUCACGCCGCCAUCUCAGCCGUGAAGCCCCGAUCUCGACAUCUUUCCACCGUUGACCGGUUUCUUCAAUCCGUUCCAAGUCCGGGCGUUGGCCAUUGAUAGUCUUCGUUAGAUUAGAUUCCUUUUCCAAUUUUAAAAAGUUUAGUACAUUAUUUUUCUGACUAAUAUGAUACGAAAUUUCCACGAGGUAGACCAUUGUUUAGGGACUUUAUACAUUCUUUUUUUAUUUUCUUUUUUUAAAUUACGUUUUUCGCGUUACCAAAAAUUUUCCAUGAGUAAAUAAUCAAAAGUUUAUUGGUUCGAUAUGGCACGGGUUUAAAUUUAUAUCCCAUCUUGUAAUAAUAACAUUGUUUUACUUUUCUUCAUGUUGUAACAAGUUUUGGGAGUCUAAUGUUGUAACAAGUUGUCUCUAUUGGCCGAGAUUAGUGAAUCUUAUUCAGUCGACGUACUUGAUGAGUUGAACAUUUACAUAUACCCAUGGUCUUGAAAUUAGUGGAUGAGGGGAUUUACAAUAAUACAUAGAGAGAUAAUAGAAGUACUAUAAACAAUAUCAAUAUAGUAAUAAUGUUUAUAUUGUACUACUAACGGAUUUUAAUAAACUAGUGGAAAGUCUUUGUAUUUAAUAUUGAAGUCCAUAUUGGAGAUUCUAAUUGAAACUUUAAUUGGAUAUUGAUUCUAUAGUGAGAAGUUGAGAGCCAAAUGAAAAAAUACUUGAUCGAAACCUCUUUUUAUCCAUGGUUUAUAUUUAUGACAUUUCAAUCAUAGUAGUAGUACCCAAAUGAAAGGUGUUGUACGUGUGGAGGUAUAUAAUGUUCACCGCAAGAUUGUGACAAUCCAUUGUCGGGAUGGGCCGGCGGCCCGCAGUAAUAGAAUGAGUCGGCCCGCAUUGCGUUCUCAGUUAAGACUUAAGACUUACCUAUAUAACAUUUUCCUUAUCCCUCGUAAACUCAUUUGACGUGUCUACUGCUUGCCUUUCGCUGCCCCCUCACUUUUAGUUUCCUUUAGUGAACUUAUAGUUUCUCGUAAAUGAGGACGAUUAUGUUUCCUUUUUCCAUUUCAGUAAUCAGUAGUAUCAUACUAUCAAUCUACCAUGGCCUUGACGUGGAAUAACUAUCCUGAUAAGAUAUGAGUUUGGUGAGUAGGUCUCAAAUAAAUAUAGCACGACUUAGAUUUACAUUCUCUUUGCUUUAUUAAUCUCUUGUCGAAAGGAUACUCAAUUUUCUUUGAAAGUCUCUUAAGCUUCUUCAGAAUUGUUCUAUCUUUUUUUCUUAAUAUAUGUUACCUUUCCUAUAUGAUGUCUCGAUCUUUGUCUUAGCCUACAUAAAUUUAUUCAUUUUCAAUAAACUCAACAUGUAAGCUCUCAAUUACACGAAUUAUUACAAGUCAUUAGAAACACAUACACAUUCAAUGAAUGCCAUUUCUCGUUAUUUUUUGUGUUCUACUUUAUAGUAAUCUUAGAGCUCAUAACUACAAACUAGUAUAAAAUCAUAAACAUAAAAUUUAUAGAAUCAUACGCAAGAGUUUUAGAUACAACUUGUCAUUAUAAAGUAUAAACAAUGUAAAAAAAAACAAUGCAAUUUUGAGACAUGCCCUUGA